AAGAAGAAGAAGAAGAAGAAGGACAGCGACUGACGCGCUCGUUUGUAACGGAAACAAAAUCCAACUUUUUCAAACUUGAAAUGGCGACGAGCCGUGCGGUCAACCUUUAUUUGGACCUUCUUUCUCAGCCUUGCCGCGCCGUGCACAUCCUCGUCAAUGUCGCCAACAUCCCACAUCGCGUCCACACGGUGGCGCUCAGGAAAGGAGAACAUCAGACUGAACACUUCAACAACAUCAACCCCAACAACAAAGUUCCUGUCAUUGAUGACGACGGCUUUGUGCUCACUGAGAGUGACGCCAUCUUGAAGUACUUGUGCACUAAGUACGAUGUUGCGGAGCACUGGUAUCCACGGCAACCAGAGAGGCGUGCCCGGGUGGAUGAGUACACGGCGUGGCAUCACACCAACACUCGACCGCACGCCGCCAAAGUCUUCCUGCUGGAGGUCCUGAUCCCCACCCGGACCAGUUCUGGCGUGGACCAGGCGCUGUUGGGCCGCGCCUUGUCUCAGCUGGACGCCACGCUGGACCUGCUGGAGUCCAUGUUCCUGCGGAGACAGCCCUUCCUGUGCGGCGAUGACAUCACGCUGGCGGACCUGCUCGCCGCCUGCGAGCUCAUGCAGCCUGCAGGCGGCGGCAGAGACGUCUUGCAGGGACGUCCUCAGCUGCGGCGCUGGAUGACCCGGGUCCAGUCGGCGCUGGGCCACGCCUUCCACGAGGCGCACGCCGUCCUGUACGCCGUCAGAGACCGCCGCCAGGCCAAGCUGUGAGCCGUUGCCACGACGACAAGAUGCGGACAGGAAACCGGCUCGUCAAACAGAAUGAAAAAAUAAAAGACUUUAUUAGGAAA